UGGGUCAUCCUUGCUGCACGUAGGCUUUCUCUAGUUGCGGCGAGUGGGGGGCUACUCUUCAUUGCCGUGCAUGGGCUUCUCAUUGCGGUGGCCUCUUGUUGCAGAGCAGGGCUCUGGGCGUGCUGGCUUCAGUAGUUGUGGCACAUGGGCUCAGUAGUUGUGGCUCAUGGGCUCAGUAGUUGUGGCUCGCAGGCUCUAGAGUGCAGGCUCAGUAGCUGUGGCUCACGGGCUUAGUUGCCCCAUGGCAUGUGGGAUCUUCCUGGAGCAGGGCUCAAACCCGUGUCCCCUGCAUUGGCGGGCAGAUUCUUAACCACUGCACCACCAGGGGAGUCCCUAUGUAUAUAUUAUUUUCCAUUAUGAUUUAUCACAGGAUAUUGAAUAUAGUUCCCUGUGCUGUACAGUAGGACUUUGUCGUUUAUCCAUUCUAUGUAUAAUAGUUUGCGUCUGCUAAUCCCAAACUCCCAAUCCAUCCCCCAUUCCCCCCCUUGGCAACCACAAGUCUGUUCUCUAUGUCUGUGAGUCCGUUGUUUUGUAGAUAAGUUCAUUUGUGUCAUAUUUUAGAUUCCACAUAUAAGUGAUACCAUAUGGUAUUUGUCUUUCUCUUUCUGACUUACUUCAUUUAGUAUGAUAAUCUCUAGGUCCAUCCAUGUUGCUGCAAAUGGCAUUAUUUCAUUCUUUUUCAUGACUAAUAUUCCAUUGUAUAUAUUUACUACAUCUGCUUUAUCCAUUCCUCUGUCAACGGAUAUUUAGAUUGCUUCCAUGUCUUGACUAUUGUAAACAAUGCUGCAAUGAACACUGGGUAUAUCUUUUCAUGUAUCUUUGCAUGUAUCUUUUCAAAUUAUAGUUUUGUCUGGGUAUAUGCCCAGGAGUGGGAUUGCUGGAUCAUAAUGUAGUUCUAUUUUUAGUUUUCUGAGGAACCUCCACACUGUUUUCCUGCACCAAUUUACAUCCCCACCAAUGGUGUAGGAGGAGGGUUCCCUUUUCUCUACACCCUCAUUAGCAUUUGUUGUUUGUAGAUUUUUAAAUGAUGGCCGGUAUAACCGGUCAAGUUUAGAACGUUCCCAUGAUCCCAAGGUGCUCGGGUUUUCUCCCGAGGACAAUGGGGGCCAAGAGAGAGUUCUGAGCAGGGGAAGGAGGGGACCCUUGCAGCUCCUGGGAGGAAGGAUGGAUUGCAGGGGCAAAGGAGGGAGCUGGGAGACCCUGAGGAAGCUGGGACCACCUCUAGCUUCUCAGCCUGUCCCCUGGUGGUGAGGCUCUGUAGAGUCUGAAACCUCUCAUUAUACUCAGUGAGGAUGACCAAGGUCUUCUGCUGUUACAGGCUCAAAGCUGCUCACGGAACAAAAAAGUGUGUUGAAGUCCUAACCCCCAGAACCUUAGAACAUGCCCUUAUUUGGAAAUAGGGUUUCUGCAGGUGCAAUUAGUAAAGAUGAGGUUGUGCUGCAGGAGGGUGAAUCCCUAAAGCAACGUGACUGGUGUCCAUGUCUUAUGACAGCCAUGUGAAGGACACAAGGGGGACAUCUGUGACAACAGAGGCAGAGACUGAAGUCCUGCUGCUACAAGCCAAGGGACACCAAGGGCUGCCAGCAGCCACAAGAACCCAGGGAGAGGCAAGGAAACACCCUCUCUUCCAUGCUACAGGAGUAUAGCCCUGCCAACACCUCGAUUCUGUACUUCCGGUCUCCAGAACCGUAUGACAAUAAACGUUUGUUGCUCUAAGCUACCCAGUUUGGGACAUUUUAUUAAGGCAGCCUGGGAAACUAACAUGUCUGGGGAGGAGCAGGACAUCACGUUGGCAUCCGGGUCUUGGGGCCAUGGAGAGGGUGUGAAUGGGGGCUCCGGAUGGUGGGGGGCUGCCUGGGGAGGAGGACCAAGCUUUUCAAUUGAGCAGAGGUGAUGAGAGCGUGGCCCAUGUAUUGUGAGAAGAAACUUUAACUCGUUUCCAGAAAGGCAUCCUGGGGAUGGGGUGGGGUGCAGGUGGGAUCCUCCCAGCAGCAUCCUCUCCCAGGGCACUGAGGGAGAGCCAUAGCUGCUCAGCGGAGGGGGCAGGGGCUUUCCUCCCCAGGAGUCUAGCCUCCAGUCCCUAGGCCGGGCUGGGGAGAAAGAUCAGAGGAGACAGACCACCCUGGCAUUGGCAGUGGGGAGACAGGGGCUACCAGACCUUCCUGUUUUGGGAGUAGGGGGUGGGCAAACAGACCAGGGGACAGUGAGUAGAGGAAGGGUGGCCAGGAGACAGAGGCCAGCCGGUGGAGCCUCAGGGGUCCUCGGGCCCAGCUUCCCCUCCUCCCGCCACCUGCGGAUGGCAACUGCCUUUCUGACAGAUAUCGGUGGGCAAGCUGGGUAGCUUCAGACCUCACCUCGGCUGCCCUAUGGCCCUGUCCUCUCCCUAUGGGGCCCAGCCAGCCCAAGCUCCCCACUGUGGGGGCGCUGCUUUGGCCGACUGCUGCACCCCACCUGAGAGUCCUUGGGCCCCAGCGAGUCCUGCUGGGCCAACAAUGUCCGAACCCAGGUCACCCUGCCUCCUACCCCCACGGCAGCCCCGGCCUCUCGCUGCAAAAACAAUUAUCUGGAUCAUCUUUAUGGGGCUUAAGCUUGGGUGGGAGCAGAUGGGGCGUGAGCCGGGGAUUUGGGGCUGGGUAUCCACUCCCCGCCACGUCCCAGUCUCUUAAAAAGCCUUCUCUGACACGGGGCCAGGGCAGAGGCCAGUGGAGAGGUGGACAGGACUCGGGGAGGGGAGCAGGGACAAUGAUGGACCAGGAAGAGAAAGAGGAUGGGGGCUCGGCCUCCUGCGACAAGGCGGGCUCCCCAGACCAGGAGGGCUUCUUCAACCUGCUGAGCCACGUGCAGGGCGGCCGGAUGGAAGAGCAGCGCUGCUCCCUGCAGGCGGGGCCGGGCCCAGCCUCCGAGGGCCAGAGUGGCCCUGCACCCGAGAUGGACAGUCUCAUGGACAUGCUGGCCAGUACCCAGGGCCGCCGCAUGGAUGACCAGCGUGUGACAGUCAGCGCCUUGCCUGGCUUCCAGCCUGUGGGCCCCAAGGAUGGAGUGCAGAAACGAGCCGGGACUCUCAGCCCCCAACCCCUCCUCACCCCUCAGGACCCGACUGCACUCAGCUUCCGUCGAAACAGCAGCCCCCAGCCCCAGACACAAGCUCCCUGAGGGCCUGAGGCAUCCUGGGCCCCAUUUGGCCCCCAA